AUGGGGUCGGUUGCCGCCUCCGUGGCUCUGCUGUGUCUCUGCUCUCUGGGAAAUCCUUCAGGGACGAGCGGCGCUGCAGCAGCUCAGGUAUCUGUGGUGGAGGUGAAGAAGGCCAGAGGAGACGUGCCGGAUAUUCUUCCUGAACCAGAACCGGAGCCGGAGCCGGAGCCCACCAGUCCUGCGUCAGACUUUGAGAACUCGUACAACUACGUCUUGUCCAGGCUGGCCGGGAUGGAUCAGGCCAUCCACAAGCUGAACGUGGGUCACUACACCCUGGAUGUUAAAGUGUCCCAGCUGAUGGACCGUCUGUCCAGGAUGGACGCUAAAGUCGGGGAGCUGGAGGACAACAUCCGAGAGGUUUACCAGCACAGCAAGGACAACCGCAAGGAGAUGGGAAGACUGGAAGGUUGCCAGAAGGGACGGCGGCUGGGAUACAAAUGUUACCUGGUGUACAACAGCCAGGAGGAUUACGCCGGAGCUUCCAGGAAGUGCCUGGAGCGAGGCGGCCGCAUGGCGAUGCCCCGGGACCGCCGGGAGCAGGAGGCGCUGGCCGACUACGUCAAGACCUUCUUCCGGCCGGGGAACUGGCCCGUGUGGCUGGGCAUCAACGACCUGCGCUCGGAGGGGAUGUACCUGUUCGACGACGGGACGCGGGUCUCCUACUUCCAGUGGCGGAAGCACUUCCUGUCCAGCCAGCCGGACGGCGGGCGGCGGGAGAACUGCGUGGCAAUGUCGUCGGACGACGGCGACUGGUGGGACCACUACUGCGACCGGACCAUGAACUACGUGUGCGAGUUUGACGACAGGGUGGCCCUUUGAGACCAGCUCUGCUCAGACCUGACGGUCACUGAUGUUUUCCUGUACUUUACUUACCUUUAGCACAUCAUAGGAGACUCAUUUAAAUACUAAAGAGAAGGAAGGGUUCGGCUCUGGCUUCAGGAUUCCAGGGGAACGCGCCAUUAUGUCGAGCAUUGCAACCGAAUAAUACAAACACUUAUGUAGAUGAUGUUAAUGUCUCUGUGCUUGAAGAUGUGUUUUUUUAAAUAACAGUGCUCUUUCUCUUGUGACUAAUUUACACCAUUUGUUUCAGAGUUUUCCUGUGAAGGUGGAGGUAACUGUCUGCUCUCGGUCCAGCUCUUAGUGUUCAGAUUAGGAGUCACUGUAAUGUUUUGGAUAAUAAGAUCAUAGCCUCUAUUUGGCCUAAAUAUGGAUCCAUACUACGACUGAUUCUAAUCGGUCCGGUACUUUAACGGUAAUCUUAUCUCUACUUUUUUUUAAAUAACAUUUUAAAAUAUAAAGUUUAAAAAAGAUUAAGCUUUCGAUUAAAUCUCUUUUAGUUCCACUGCUUUGGUGACGAUCACACUGAACAACAAGUACUUGCCAGACCAAACUGUCUGUGGAUCAUUUGGUACCGGGCCACAAUGAGACAAAAGGUUUUGAAAGUGUACGUUUAAUUUUCCAUUAGUCUGCAUUGACUGUUACUUUGAAAAACGCCCCUCUUCCAUCAGUGCUUCUUUCUUGCUAUUGGCUCCAUCUUUCCUCUUUUUUAAGUGCAUCAUUAGGACAGUGUGUAAAAGUUGAGAGUGGUUGAUGAAAUGUUUGUUUUCCAGAGAGGAGCCCAUUCCUGCAGCUGCAGCCAUGCGUCUGGAAGCCAGCAGGGACUCUGCACACAUUUAUCUGCUGGAAUCCAAAAUAUUUGCUUAAAGUCUCCCAAAGAGAAACGACCAAGCAGUUUGUUCAGCUUGCGCUGAUUUAUAUCUUCAGUCUGUGCUCCUUCGCUGCAGAGUUCAGUCUGUGUUUGAACAGAUCCCACCAGACCAAACCAUCACUCCGGGUGUUUAUCCUCCCGUAACCAUGGAAACCACUCUGAAACCCGAGCUGCAUGACUUUCUGGGUUGUGUAGCAGAACUACAUCAAUACAGUGAUUUCAGUUGUUAAUCUUUCAGGGUUUCAUGUUCGUCCUGUUGUGUCUCCAAGUCUUGAGUGUGAAAGGUUCACGAGUUGAAGAUAAAACGGUUCACAGUUCUUGAAAGGUGUUAUUUUAUUGAAAACAUCAGAUUAGAAUCAAUUCCAUCUUUAUGCCCUGCAGUAAAGAGCUCAGACCGAAUCAGUGGUUCUCAACCUGCGGUUCUGGUCUGGAACCUCAGACAUUACAGCUCGAGGUCCUGAGGUCCCGUUUACACGACAGCGUUUUCAUUUUAAAGAACAUUCUUCCCUCCUCCCCUGCGGAGAGCGUCAUGCACGACCGGCGUCUCGCACACAUGCGCACGGCCGCCAGCGCGGUCAGAAAAUGCUGAACACUGCGCCUCUUGUCUGGCAACCUCAGGAAUUCAUAUGAUUGGCUCUGGAACCAGGAAGUAGUGACGUCUAGCUCUGCCCACCAGAGUUAUUCUGUCCAGUAACUCAUUUUGAAAGAAAACUCCUGACCAAGACAUAAUUGAAGGAGGCGACAGAUUGUUUAAAGGGAAUGUUUCUUCAAUGACAGCUGAAAAAUGGGAAAGAUUGUAGUUUUUCUAGGAAUUUCUUACUUAUUGCACCUUUAAAAAAGUUCCACGCUUACGCAGAAAUACUCAAUGUAAAGUCGCAGCAGAAUGUGGACUGGGAAUCAUGACACAUGAGGAAAACCUUCUUGUCCAUCUAGAGCAGCAGUAGCGUUUCAGAAAUAUGUGUUUUCACCCGUUUCCAUGGAGACGGAACAUUUCUGAAAAGCAGCGUUCACUUCAUUUGAAUGGAGAUGGCACAUUUAAGAACAGGCACUUUUCUGUCGUUUCCACCGAGUUGGGGCAUUUUAAAAGACGUGUUUUCUGAGAUUUCCAUGAAGACAGAACUCGAUCAGUUCCAGGAGAACCACUGAUUCGAAGAGCAAAAUCAUCUGAACGCAGUUUGUACGAGUUAAAACUACAAAGGCAAAUCAGCGUUUUCAAUAUUUAAAAAGCCGACUGACACGACGAAGGAGAUCGGGAACCUCCGCUCCGCUCUUCCAUCGGUCGCACGUCUUCAUGGUGCCAUGAGUGCGAAGUGCGACGUCACUGACGCGAAGCGGAGAGCCGCUCUUCUUCUGUGGUGUCAGAGGCGUGUCCGGACCGGCGUGUCUCACGCCAAGGCGUCCGCGGCGUCCGCCACCUUCACGACGUCCGACGCGCUCGGUCGGUCCACCGUGGUUUUGCACGGGUGAGACAGAAGAACCUUCCCCGCGUCGUCCAGCAGGAAGUUCCCGCCCAUCUGGAGGAAGAAGGAAAGACUCUGCAGUGAACUGAACCCAGAGAGAGGAGCUGGAGAGGAAGCGGCUCUGCUGCCCUCUGGUGGUGGAAAACAUGUACUGC